AUGAAGCUGACACCAGUACAACGCUACGACGUAGCAAAGAAGAAGAGUCUGGGCUUAAACUGUUUGGGUCCGAAUCAUUCGUCGAAAGACUGUCCGUCCACGCAUAGAUGUCAAGUUUGUCGGGCGAGUCAUCACACUCUACUGCACCGUUCGCAACCAACCACAACCAAUCCACAAUCAUCGUCUUCGCCACUGACACCGUCCAACACCAUGAAGUCAACUUCGACACCAACAGCGCUUCAGGUUUGUGACAGCAACCAAGAGGUUCUACUUGCGACUGCCGUGAUUCAGCUUCGUAGUCAAUCGGGUACAACGAUUUUCGCUCGUGCACUGCUUGAUUCCGCCUCGCAGUUGCAUUUCAUAACUGAGCGCUUGGCUCAGCUACUUCGUGUACAUCGCAAAAAGGUACCACUGGAAAUCAGUGGCAUAGGAUUAUGCGGAUCAAGGUCGCAGUUCCUAUGCAAGGUGGAGAUACGCUCUCAACACACAGCAUAUUCAUCUACCAUAGAUGCGGUCAUCAUGAACGCAAUAACGACAAGCCAACCGCGCACACCACUGAACACCAUCGCAUGGAACAUACCAAAGAACAUCAACUUGGCUGACGAUAAUUUCAACAAGCCAGGCCCAGUUGAUCUUCUGCUUGGAGCGAGCAUUUUUUAUGACUUGCUGUUGAUUGGACAGAUCAAGUUGGGCGACAAUCUGCCUGUCCUUCAAAAAACUAAGGUUGGGUGGGUGGUCGCUGGAGCUGUCACAAUCCCACCACUUAUAUCUUCGGCGCCAUUGGUCGCAUCAUACACCACCUCAGUAGGCACCGACUGCAUACUAUCUAACGCAUGGCCAUCGCAAAUCUCCUUUGAUUCGAAGGUAACGGAAGCUUCGUCACUCACCUUGGAACCGUCACUUGAUCAGAUUUUGGAAAGGUUUUGGCUUAUCGAACACAAUCCACAUCAAACACCACCAAGUCUAACUGCUGAUGAAAUUGAGUGCGAAAAAUUCUUCGCAGAGACGACAAAGAGAUGCCCUAACACCAAUAAGUUCAUCGUUCGUUUGCCUUUUAAGGAAUCACCACAGUCAUUGGGCAGCUCGUAUGAUAUAGCACAAAAACGACUAGUGUCCAUCGAAAUCAAACUUCGUCGCAACAAAUGUCUCGAGCGAGACUACUAUUCCUUCAUGAAAGAAUACAUCGCGCUUCAUCACAUGAUUCGCAUACCUCACCCUGGUAGCUUCGUAAACUACAUACCACACCAUGCAGUCGCGAAGUUGGAUAGCAGCACCACCAAACUUCGCGUCGUGUUCGAUGCGUCGUGUCGUACAUCUAACGGCAAAUCACUCAACGACAUUCUUCGAGUUGGACCUACAGUGCAAGAUGAUUUGUUUUCAAUUCUCCUUAGAUUCAGAAGGCAUGUCUUUGUGCUGAUGGCUGACGUCGCAAAGAUGUAUAGACAAAUCAUCGUGGACAAGCAAGAUGCACAAUGGCAAUGCAUUUUGUGGCGCGAUGAGAUAACCGACCGCAUAAUCACAUACCAGUUACAAACAGUGACCUAA